CUGAGAUGAUCUGUUUCUGAUGGUAUUUAAGCCUCGGGGCAGAUCAGACUUGUAUAGUUUCAAUCGAGAUCAGACAACAUUAAUACCUCCUAGCAAUAUGGCGAAGUUUUUGAUAAUCAUGGCGACGUUGGUGGCUGCGGCCCUAGCCUACCCUGGUUACGGUUCCAGCGGGCACGGUAGCCAUGGAGGCGGCGGCUUCGGCGGCAGCCAAGGUGGGUUCGGAAGCCAAGGGGGAUUCGGUGAAAGUAGCCACGGAGGUGGUCUCGGUGGAGGUAGCCACGGAGGUGGUUUCGGCAGCGGUAGCCAAGGAGGCGGUUUCGGCAGCGGUAGCCAAGGAGGCGGUUUCGGAAGCGGCAGCAGCAGCUACGGUGGCCACGGAGGUCAUGGCAGUCACCACCUCUCUGAGCUAGAUGGUGGAUACGGCCAGGGAGGACAGGGCGGUUUCGGUGGCAGCCAGGGAAGCUUCGGCGGAAGUCAGGGAGGCUUCGGUGGAAGUCAGGGAGGCCUCGGUGGAAACCGCGGAGGUCAAGGAGGUUUUGGAGGCGGUAGCCACGGAGGUCAAGGAGGCUUCGGAGGAGGAAGUCACGGCGGUAGCGGCGGAUACGGACAUAGAUAUUAAAUUUUUUUUUAUUGUGUAUUUGACAACGUAAAUUGUGAUAUUGAUCGACUCCCAAAUCAGUAGGCAAUAAAUUUUACGGAUUGAA